AUGUAUGUCAAGUCCUCCUCCAAUGAGAGAAUCGAGGGCUCCUCAGUGACUUUAAUCUCUGAUGCCUCUGGUUCCAACUUCACCAGAAACUGGUUGAUAAAUGGACAGGAGCUAAAUCCUUCUGAAAACAUUGUACUUUAUGACCAAAAACAAGUCUUGUCCUUCAAAGUCCUGAACAGAACAGACAGUGGAAGGUACCUCUGUGAAAUCAGCAACCCCAUCAGCUCUCAGACAGCUCUUUAUGAUCUGGAGGUUUUCUCUAAGUGUGUGUGUGCGUGCGUGCGUGUGUGUGUGUGUGUGACUCGGGCCUCUCCUGUCCCCUCUGUCACAUGGACUCUGCUCCAGGACCAGUCUGAGUACUCACUGGUUACCGUGGUGACAGGAGACACAGUCAACAGCAGCUUCGUCCUCAGAGGGAGAGGACUCAACAGAACACAAGUCCAAUGUGUGAGAGCAGCAACAGAGCAGGACACGUCCAGGAGGAUUUCACACCCUCCAUCAUCACUGACACAGCAAACCCCUCAGACUGUCUCCAAGCUUGAAGUCAUAAUUGGCUUUCUAAGUGGGUUUCUACUGGCAGCUGUUCUGUGCUGUUUGGUCUUCAAAUGCCACAGGAGGAAACAGAACAAUGAUUUACAAGCUGGUGAUAUGACUGAGACUUUGGAAAUGGUGAAUGACCAGGAGGAACCAGAGCUCAACUAUGACACUGCAGAACUGUCCAAAGCUGACACUGAACCAGCAGAAUUACAUUACGCAAGCAUCAACUUCUCUGCUAUAACACCAACAAAACAGAGGAAGAGAGGAGAAGAUGAGACAACCAAGACUGAGUAUGCAGAAAUCAAAAGAGAAACAACUGAGCCGAGGCAAGACAUGGAUGAAGUGAGCGAAGAAAUCUCAGAGGACAAAGAGGAGACGGCCAUGAUGAAAGAAAGUGUCCCAGAGCAGCAAGAAGAAGUUUAUUCUAAUGUGAAGGAAAUCAUGGAUGAUGAGUGAAGUGCAUUUGAAUAUACAGAUGUGGACAAAAUUGUUGGUACCUGUCUGGCAAUGAAAGAAAAAUCAACAAUUAUCACUGAAAUAACUUGAAACUGAUAAAAGUGAUAAUACAUAUCACACAUAAAUCAUGUGGUUAAAUAGAAUCAUUAAGAAAAACAAAGUAAUGAAACUGGCCUGGACAAAAAUGAUGGUACCCUUAACUUAAUAUUUCCCACACCACGUGAGCAAACUGCUCUAGUUGUCUCAGGUUUGAAGGACAGCAUGUUUCAGCUCAUUUCACAGAUGUUCAAUAGAAUUGGGGAUCUUGGCUCAAAGAAGACCAUUUCAGAACAGUCCAGUGUUUUGUUCUUAUCCAUUCUUGGGUGUUUUUAGCUGUAUGUUCUGGGUCAUUAUCCUGUUGGAAGACCCAUGACCUACAACUGAGACCAAGCUUUCUGACACUAGGCAACACAUUUCGUUCAAAAAUACCUUGAUAGUUUUGAGAUUUCAUUGUACCAUGCACAGAUUCAAGACACCUUGUGCCAGAUGCAGCAAAACAGCCCCAAAACAAAACCAAGCCUCCUCCGUGCUUCACAGUGGGGACAGUGUUCUUUUCUUAGUGUGCUUCAUUUUUGCAUCUGUGAACAUAGAGCUGAUGUGUCUUGCCAAAGAGCUGCAGUUUUGUCUCAUCUGUCCAAAGGACAUUCUCCCAGAAGCUUUGUGGCUUGUUAAUAUGCACUGUAGCAAAUUCCAGUCACACUUUUUUAUGAUUUGCUCUCAGCAGUGGUGUCCUCACAUGAAGUCCACUUUGGCUCAAACUGUGACAGAUGGUGCGAUCUGACACUGAUGUACCUUGCCUUUCAAGUUCACAUUUAAUUUUUCUGGAGAUUGUUCUGGGCUCUUCGAAUACCAGUUGUAUGAUCCGCCUCUUCAAUUUGUCAUCAGUUUUCCUCUUGCAGCCGUGUCCAGGGAGGUUGACCUUAAACUACUGAAGAACAUGUGUAAUUGUAAUCGCAGGAACAUCACGUUGCUUGGAGAUGGUCUUAUUGUGUUUAUCUUUAUCCUGCUUGUCUAUCAUUUUCUUUCUAGUCUCCUGACACAGUUCUCUUCUCUUUCUUUGGUCCAUGUUCAGUGUUGUCUCCAUCAUGUCUCCAAACAGCACAAUGACACAUGUCGCCCUUUAAACAGACAGACUGACUGAGGACAAGUUUGAAGACACCUGUGAUGCAGAUUAGAGGACACACCUAAGUUUAACAUGUCCUAUUGUCCAAUUAUUUACAUUAUUUAUCUAUUCUAGGGGUACCAUCAUUUUUGUCCAGGUCAUUUUCAUUAGUUUGUUUAAAAUGAUUCCACUGAACAACAAUUCAAAAACAGUGUCUGAUUUUCACUGGUUAUUUUUCUGUAUUUUUUUUUUUAUUUUAUUUAAUAUUGCUUUUCUCAGUUUCAAGUUAUUUCAGUCACCAUUGCUGAUUUUUCUUUCAUUACCAGAGGGGUAGAUUUAGUCAAAUUUUUCAAGGGAAAAAAAGUUGUGUUAUAGAUGAAUGAUGUGGAUAUAGAAGUUAUCCUUUACUGGUUCCCUUCUUUCAUGUAUUUGGAGUAUUUAUUCUGUAAAUAAAAUACAUUUACACAUUU